AUGAGUUAUGACCCUUAUCAUCCUUAUCAUUGGUGUAUUGUGCCUGAAUGCAAAAAUACGAGCAUAAGAACGCCGGGGAAGUUAUGGAUUCAAAUUCCAAAAGAUGUAAAUAUGAGAAAUAGUUGGUUAAAACUAGCAAGAAGAGACCCGAAGACAUUGUCUACAAAAUCUAUACUUUACUUCUGUGAAGAUCACUUUGAUCUGGAAAAUGACAUGGAGAAUUACACACGAUAUAAGAUUAUGGGUUCUGUAAAACGAAUUCAAAUGAAAUCGAACUGCACGCCAUCGAGAUUCGAUUGCCAGGUAGACAGAAAACGAAAGUCUACACCGAACAAAUCUCUGCAUUCCUUUAUUAAACGGUCUACAAUUGGGGAGAUUGAAGAGACCAUGGAAAAAGAGGAGAAUCAUGUUAAAUAA